CUUAACCCAGUUUCCCACUCACUCACCACCACCAUUCUUUUGUGUUCUCCUGGUUUCUGUGAUCUCAACUGAGCAGCACGAAGCCCAGUCCACCCCAUGGACAAGGAAGAUCUUGCCCUGCUUCUGCCCCCCAGGACCCUGGAGGCCCUGGCAGAUUCCUGGUUACGGGAGGACUGCCCUGGCUUUGACUAUGCAGCCCUGGUGGCCAAAGCAGCUCCUUCCCGAGCUGUCCUGUGGGCUAAGUCCCCUGGGGUGCUGGCAGGGAGGCCAUUCUUUGAUGCUAUCUUCUCCCGGGUAGACUGCCAGGUGACCUGGUUCCUCCCCGAAGGCUCCCACCUGGUACCAGUGGCCCGAGUGGCUGAAGUUCAGGGCCCCGCUCACCGCCUGCUCCUUGGGGAGCGGGUGGCACUCAACACUCUGGCCCGAUGCAGUGGGGUGGCCAGCGCUGCCGCGGCUGCUGUGAAAAUGGCCCGGGCCACAGGCUGGACCGGGCAUGUGGCAGGGACCAGGAAGACCACUCCUGGCUUCCGGCUGGCAGAGAAGUACGGGCUGCUGGUGGGGGGUGCCGUGGCACACCGCUAUGACCUGGGGGGCCUAGUGAUGGUGAAGGACAACCAUGUCAUGGCAGCUGGUGGUGUGGAAGAGGCCGUUCAAAGGGCUCGGAAGGCAGUAGACUUUGCCCUGAAGCUAGAAGUGGAGUGUAGUAGCCUACAAGACGCCCUGAAGGCUGCCCAGGCAGGUGCUGACCUCGUCCUCCUGGACAACCUCUCCCCUGAGAUACUGCACCAAACGGCAGCAGUGGUGAAGGCUAAGUUCCCACAUGUUGGGGUGGAGGCAAGUGGGGGUAUCAACUUGAACAACCUUCCCCAGUUCUGUGGGCCUCAUAUUGAUGUUAUCUCUCUGGGAGCUUUGACCCAGGCAGCUUCUGUGGUUGACUUUUCCCUCAAGCUGUUUGAAGAUAGUGAGACCCUGAAGUCCUCUGAGCUCAGAUCUCAGUGAGCAGGGAAAGGAAUCAAGAGGGAGGGUAAUAAACUGGCUUAUGUCUGUUGCUCAAA